AUGGCCGCGUCAACAGGGGAAGAAGACGGGAAAGGCUCUGACGAACAAGAGAAGACCAAAAAGCAAAAGGCCUACACAAAGAGAUUGUUACAGAUAGUAGGCCUUCUGGGAGCUGGCAAUGGGGUAGCAAUUAUCUACAUCUUUGGUCGUAAUUCAGUGGAUGAAAAUGGUGCAAAGAUUCCUGAUGAAUUUGACAAUGAUGUGGUGAUAAUUCAACAGCUCCGAAGGUCAUACAAGUACUUCAAAGAUUAUAGUCAGAUGAUCAUGGAGCCCACCAGCCCUAAGUUGCUGCCAGAUCCCUUGAAGGAACCGUAUUACCAGCCGCCUUACACCCUGGUCAUUGAACUGACAGAUGUCCUCCUGCACCCUGAAUGGUCGUUAGUGACCGGCUGGCGCUUCAAAAAGAGGCCAGGCAUCGACAACCUCUUCCAGCAGUUGGCUCCGCUCUAUGAAAUCGUCAUCUUCACCUCCGAGACGGGCAUGACAGCCUUUCCCCUCAUUGACAGCGUCGAUCCUCACGGCUUCAUCUCCUACCGGCUCUUCCGAGAUGCCACUCGGUACAUGGACGGGCAUCACGUUAAGGAUAUCUCCUGCCUGAACAGAGACCCUGCCAAGGUGGUCGUGGUGGACUGCAAGAAGGAGGCUUUCCGCCUACAGCCCUUCAACGGCAUGGCCCUGAAGAAGUGGGAUGGGAAUUCAGAGGACCGCACGCUCUUUGACCUGGCUGCUUUUCUCAAAACUAUUGCCUUGAGCGGAGUGGAAGAUGUCCGGUCAGUGCUGGAAAACUAUUCCUUGGAAGAGGAUCCUCUGGAGGCUUUUAAACGCAGGCAGUCCCAGCUGGAGCAGGAAGAACAGCAGCGUCUCUCCGACCUCUCCCAGCACAAGAAGCAGCAGCUCUUCCUGGGCUCCCUGGCGAGCCGGCUGUGGCCCCGCUCUAAACAGCAGUGACCCUGGCACCGCUGCCCCGUCCACAGCUGGACUUCUCAGCCGUUCCUGUCCCUCGGAUCCCAAGCCUGCUGGGGAGGGGCCCUCUCGGGGAGGCUGCAGCAGGAGGGGCACAGGCUUCAGUCCCGCCAGGACACGGAUCUUGGGCCACCACUUGCUGCCUCCUGCCCUCGAUCUCUGCUCCUCCAGCAGCAGCAGCAGCAGCAGCAGCAGCAUUUCCAAGACCAAGACGUCGGUGUGCGAAAGGGAGCCCGUUCUCCAGCGCUUGGAAGGGAACCGCUUCCGGAACAGGCUCCAAGAGGGCCGGGGGAGCAAAGCCACAACAUAACCAGGAACUGAGCCUCAUUGUGACAGCAAGAAGAUGAGAAAACUCAAGCAAGGGAGGGAGGGGGAAGAUGGUCUCUUCAGUGGUCUUUCAUCUCUCGUUAUCAUGUUCCCAUCAGGCAGCAGACUGCUGUUCGCCUGUUGGGUUGAAUGGAAGUGAAUGUUGGGUGCACUCAAAAUAAAUGGCCAUCUUUAUAAUGA